GAGCGUAUUGUUGCUGUGCUUGGCACGUUCAUUGCAAUAUAAACACGAGUUCUUUUGCAUUCGGUGAUCCGUCUGAAUGAUUGAAGCGCUUGCGAAUUGCGAACUAAACCCGCGCGGCCGACGCAAAGCGAACACGCAACAGCAGCGUCUUGUCUGUGUGGGGUGUGGAAGAGCUUGCGAGCUCAUCGGAUUCCUCCAGUAGUUGAGUGCUGGUGCAUGGUGCAGCCCUGUUUCCCUGCUGUGGUGCGCGAUGUUUCUGGUCGGUCUCACGGGAGGCAUUGCGUCUGGGAAGAGCACCGUCGCCUCAAUCUUCCGAGAGCUGGGAUGCCCCGUCAUCGACGCCGAUGAAAUUGCUCGUCUUGUUGUGGAGCCAGGCCGGCCAGCGUUGAAGAAAAUUGUUGAAUUCUUUGGAGCGGAGGUGCUGCAUUCAGAUGGACGUCUCAAUCGCGACAAGCUCGGUGCCAUCAUCUUUGCUGAGCCACAGAAACGCCGACUGCUCAACUCCAUUACGCACCCCGACAUCCGACGGCAUAUGCUCAAGCAAAUCCUGUGGCACUUUGUGCGUGGAUACCACUAUGUGAUCCUUGAUGUCCCUCUGCUUUUCGAGAAUAAGACGAUGAGCAGAUUCAUCAAGCACUCCAUUGUGGUCUACUGUGACCCCGAGAGCCAGCUCUCUCGCCUGAUGCAGAGGAACUCGCUGUCGCGGCACGAGGCCGAGCUGCGCGUGCGAGCUCAGAUUCCGCUGGACCAGAAGCGCCUGCUCGCCGACCACGUGAUCGACAACUGCGGCGAGCGAGAGGCGACACGGCGGCAGGUGGUGCGGCUGCACACUCUGCUCGACGCCUCGCUCCACCACCUGCCCGUCCGCCUGCUCGCCGUGCUUGCCCUGAGCGCGGCGGGCGGUGUCGCAGUGUGGUUGCUCGGCAAAUUGUGCGUCGGAGCCGGCAGUGGCCCUUUGGGGCUGGGUUGAAAUGCAGGGGAGGGUGCUCGCUCGCUCGCUCGCUCGCUCUGGUUUGUGUGAAAUAUGAGGGCGAUUGAAAUUGAAAGGUCUGCACCGUUGUGUAGAAGAAAUGAAAAGUGGCAUGGAAUGAACGGUGGUGAUUUGUCUGCAAGCAAAUUUUUUGAUUUGGUCAUUCCGAUAUAAUCACCCUGAAUGUGACUGAUCUCGACAAAUCAGGUUGAGCCAAGGGUUUGGAUUGGGCUGUGAGGUGGCCAGGAGAUGGCAGUACAGCAAUGGAUAAAAGCCAUCUGUAUAGAGAUUUGAGACCUACUUCUGGUUUUAUUGGGUUUAAUGAUUUCUUCCAACAUGCUAUAAACGGUUAUGGCAUUGGCCAAACAUCACAUUGUCGGAUCCUCCUUGAAAAAAAUCUUGAGACUCAUGAUGGUUUUCUGAAUAAUGUACAUGUUUUUAUGAUUAUUAUGAACUAAAAUUGACUGUUCAGUUAAAUUAUACGUUAAAUAAUGAACAUUGUAUCGGAGUAAAUGAAUGCCAUAAUUUUCACGGGUGACGAAAAUAAUCAAAAUUUCAAGUAUUGGAAAAUUGAAAAAAAUUUGGAAAAGCCAGAAAAUUAUGACUCAAUUUUUUAACAAAGCCUAAAUCAUGUUUCCCUUCUACGUGACUUUACCGAAAGAACCAAGAAUAUGAAUCCCUGCAGUCACGAAAGCUUUAAAUCAAAAGCCUAAAUCCUAAGACUUUUUUUAGGAGACCUUGCAUUGGGAUGUUUUUAAAUCCUUUAUAUUAAGUUCGCUUGCUUGCUUAGGACCGUGCAAAUCUUUCGGUCGUUUUUUAACCCACUUCCCGUGAUUCAAUCAAGCUGACAUUUUGCACACAGACUCGUGCGAGACAAUGUUUGUGAAAAAUUUUUUCCUAAAUUUUACACUUUUUAGGCAAAAAAAAUUAUUUUACAUUUAUUCAAAUAGAACUCAUUCAUGGCUUUGGCUGAACGUCACAGUGUAGGAGCCCAGAGCGUAACCCCUCCACAGGCCGUGGCGGAGUAGCGCAGUUGGUAGCGCCCUCGCUUCCCAUGCCAAAGGUCGCGGGAUCGAUCCCCGCAUCUUCCACAGGCGAAUAUAUUUUUAAAUCCUUUAUUAAAUCCUUUAUAUUAAGUUCGCUUGCUUGCUUAGGACCGUGCAAAUCUUUCGGUCGUUUUUUAACCCACUUCCCGUGAUCCAAUCGAGCUGACAUUUUCCAUACAGACUCGUGCGUGACAAUUAAUGUGCGUGAAAAUUUUUUUCCAAAAUUUUACACUUUUUAGGACAAAAAUAUUAUAUUUAAUUACCAAUUGCUUAAUGGUGCAAUGCAAUCAUCUGACCCAUAGUUGGCAGCCAUCUCAAGCCAGAGGACGAGAGGACUCUAGCCGCCACGCAUAUAAAGGAUUUAUAGUGAAAAGCUUUGUUUUUACUGGUUAUACUUAUUGCCAAUUCCUUUUGAUCUCGCGUUUUGCAUGUGGGAUAAAACCAGGACACCUGAAGAAAACCCACACACACAGAGGAUAGUCACGUCAAAUUUUAUUUUUUAAACACGUGGACACCUUUCUGACACAAAUCUGCCACUCAAAGGAUAGCGCUCGAAGUUCUGGACAGAUGGUUUCGAGACCCGGCCUUUUGUACUGCCAUACUUGUUCCACGUAGCAAAUUUGACAGUUUUACGAAAACUGAUCAUCCAACCUUCAUCUGCAAAGCACACUAAUGUGUCUUGAUUUGAAGCUUUCGUGACUGCAGGAAUCCAUACUCUCUGGUUCUUUCGGUAAAGUCACGUAGAUAGAAAAAAAUAGCAAAAGAAAACACGACGUUUCGGUCGCAACACAAGCGUCCGUCUUCAACUGACUUGGAACCAAAGUGCACACUAAUGUGGUCACGUGUCGGCACGCCCAACUAAAACCAGAUAAAAUACAGGAAUAUCUGGAUUAAACCCGGACCAGUUCUGCCUGCUCGUGACUUCCAUAUGUUGUCUUGAGUAAAAUAAAUUGCGUGGAAGAGAAUUCUUCGAGUGACAA